CGGCCUUGCGAGCGGAAUUGGGAUCUUCAACGGCGAAAGUGCUCAAAUGCAUAAUCGCUCGAAAUAAAAAAAGAAAGGGUGGCCGAUGGGUCGGGCCUAAUCAAUGAUGACUGGUUCUAAAUUGACCGGGCGCGGCCUGUGCGCCAGUAGCUGGAACGGGCCCUCUGAGCAAGCCCACCACUAUUCGAUGCAACACAUGGCAUUUUAUAUAGUUUGAUGGCGGUGGAUACUCUCUUGCCGUCCAGGGUAAUUUUUGCCGGCUGUGAAAUGGUCCUCGGUCGGGUGGUUUUUUUUUGGAUCAUUUCUUGGUUCGUGAUAUGGAACUUCAGGGCCCAGGAAUUGGCAAUACGGAAAUGUGCACUCCAGGCAACAACUCUGGAUGACACCAAAAUGAAAGCGACCAAGUCCACCAGAAUUUACUUGCCGCAUGGAAUUGCAAAUGCGAGACUCUCUUGUAAGUACCGUUCAGUUCACCUGGCAAGGUUCGUGUAUGUUGGUCCACGGCCCACCGCCAUGCGCCCUCGCCGUAGCAGACAGUGGUUCCAAUAUAGAGUAUGUAAUUUGUAGCUACCAAAAUAAUUCCCACGCCAGAGCGUCUCUGUGCUCUGACUGCUGUCUCUGGCCCAUAUCAGACGAUCCUUGUCUCUGGCCCAUAUCAGACGAUCCUACCAAAUA